CUGCGCCACUGAAAAAUUGUUUGUCCACAUCGAAAACUAAAUUUAUUUGUUGCCUAUAUUCAGUUUUCAGGUUGCUCGCUCGACGUUCUGUGAUGAUGCUGGGCUUGUUGCAGUUCACUGUUGCUGUAAUAUGCUUAUCAUCUGUUGUUGUUUCUCGUAGCACGGUCGACAGAUUGGUUUGUCGAAGUGCUGUCUCUGCACAAAAACACAAUAGUCUUCCUGAGUGUAUCACUGAAUGGAAGAAGUACCCAUGGUUACAAUAUAAAGCAGAUAAUUCUUCCGAAUGUACCAAUUGUCGGUUGAUCUCACCUUAUGUGUGGGAUUACAAGAUUGCACCAUUGCUUUGUGCCUCUGGUGUGAAAGAUGACGAGUGCAAAAAAAUCACCAAUACCUUGUCCCAAUUGAGAUAUAUUGAGAAUCGCAAUGAUGUUUUGUGUAACAUCCUUACACUUUGUGAAUCGCAUACAUACGUCAAAGAUCUAAAUUUUGGAGUUCCAAUCUGUGAUGAUUGUAAACGUUUGGUUGAUGAUAUGCGAAAGCUGAUUGAAGAUAAUUCAACUGCUGCUCAGAUCGAAGCACAGCUUGAUGAAUUAGUUUGCAAUAAUCUUCCAGGUGAAAUAAUUCCAUACUGCAAAAGCAUUAUAAAUGCUCACAUUCCCUAUGUCCUGCACAUAAUUUCCGAAAAAAUGAGUCCUUCAGAGAUUUGUGCAACCCUGGGAUUUUGUAUGAAUACUACGACGAAAUUUACACUGGCUGACUUCAUGACUAAUAAGAAGAAAUGUGGCGAAGAUAAAAAGUUUUCGUGGAUACAGCGCCCGUUGGGAAGUGUUGGUCAUAAAUGGACAUCAUAUAAAUCACAAGAAAACCCAACUUGCCCUGACUGUGUAUCCGUACUGAAUCAGUUUAAGACGGGUGUUGAAAACCCAGCUAUACAGCAGCGCCUAAAGACUCUGAUUGAAGAAAAGCUUUGCUCACAUAUGGGAUUCUUUGCAGCUGCUUGUAAAGAAGCGAUACAAUAUAACUUUGAUGAAAUAAUCAAUGGUAUGAAAGAAGUUGAACCUAAGGAAGUAUGUGCUUUGUUUGGAAUGUGUACCAGUGAAUAUACUGGUUCAGUUGACAAUACAAUGUUAACGUCGUCUACAUCACAAGAAUUCCCCGGUGUUUGUCACUUAUGCGUAGCGUUGAUCAGAAAGGUAUUUGAGUUAACUGUUGGUAAUCAAACUGAAGCAGCAAUCGUGUUAGCUUUAGAAACUGUUUGUGAAUAUCUACCGUCUAACUACGAUUCACAGUGUGAGAACCUUGUUGAAAAAUAUGGAGCGAAAAUUGUUCGUGCUAUUAUUGAUGGCACUGCACCUGAUCUAAUAUGUGCAAGUCUAGGAUUGUGUGCUUCACCUUUACACAAUCAAAUGAGGCUACCAUCAUCAUCAUCAUCGUCACAAUCACUGCCACCACGUCAGGAUCAGCAGGUUAAAACAGUAAGUUUCAUUUUUGUUUCCUCAUUAUUAUUAUCAUCAUCGGUUAACAUAAUUCUAAUUUCUGCUUAA